CACAAGCGUUUCGAGACGGUACCGAGGUUACCGUACAGUGUACCGAAGCUAGCGGGAUGCUGGGCCUGGGCCGCGCGUGCAGCCUCGGCCAUUCCUGCCGCCGCCCCACGGCCACUCCUCCUUCCCCUCGACCUCAUCCUCGCAGCAGCAGCAAGAGCGGCAGAGCCGUCCUCGCCGAGACCGCACCGUCCGCCCAGGCGCAGAUCAUGGAACCGGCCAAGCGGGAGGAGCCCAGGGCGGUGGCGCUGCGGGCGGUGGAGGCCACGCCCGAGUCCUUCGCGCCGUUCGGGCAGGUCAUCGCCGCCUCCCCCGACGGCGACCACUUCGGGCCCCACGAUGCCCAGCUCGACCUCAGCCGCGGGAUCCCUAGGUUCUACAUCAUGAGGUUGGAGAGCAGGCCGCUGAAGUUCUCGAACAUCACCCACCACGCCAGCGUGACUCAGUGCCUGGGCUCCAUCGGCGGCCAAGACUGGUACCUCGGCGUGGCCAAGCCUUCGAUUGUGGACGGGGCGCCCGGGCAGAGCGCUGGCAGGGAUCCCGUGCAGUCCCGCGCUGGGCAUUACUAUCUGCCUCCCGAUCCGGCCGAGGUCUGCGUCUUCAGGGUCUCUGGUCCGAAAUUUCUCAAGCUGCACGCGGGGACCUGGCAUGCUGGGCCGCUGUUCAAGGCCGACGCCGUGGAUUUCUAUAACCUGGAGCUGAGCAACACCAAUGUUGUCGAUCACACGACACACAAUUUCGCGAAACAAGACGGUGUGACCUUCGUGAUCGAGGACUGAAACCGCCACAUGUGGCGACCUAGCUAGGCACAAAACUGAGUGCGCCAGUGCCAUGUUCCCUGUUCUUGCUCGUCUUCCUCCUGACUUUUGCAGUGAACAACCGAUAUGCAAAUGCAAUAAUAUCGUACUAGUACAGUACAGUACUACACAAUGAACUGCUGCUUCACA